AUGAGUGAGACAGAGUCAUCAGCGGUAGCAGUUGCGGCUGCGGUUGUGGUUGUGACUGCGGUUGCGGUGUUGAUAUGGAAAGGCCUGAGUCUUGCUUGUCUUAGACCAAAGAAACAAGAGGUUUAUCUAAAGAGACAAGGUCUCUCUGGGACUCCUUUCACCUUUCUUGUCGGAGACGCUAAAAGGGAAGCCAGUAUGGUGGAGCAAGCAAAAUCCAGCCCCAUCAGUCUAACCGACGAUUACACGCCACGUGUCAUGCCUCUGAUAUUAGAGACCGUUAAGGAUCAUGGGAAGACAUCAUACAUGUGGAUGGGACCUACAGCGAGUGUGAUUGUGACGAAACCAGAACACAUUAAAGAAGUUCUAAACAGAGUUAAUGAUUUCCCGAAGCCGCCAUUGCACCCAAUCGUUGAGCUUUUUGCGACUGGAGUCGCUGUGUAUGGAGGAGAGAAAUGGUCUAAGCACAGGAAGAUCAUAAACCCUUCUUUUCAUCUAGAAAAGCUCAAGAUUAUGAUACCUGCGUUCUACGAGAGCUGCAGCGAGAUGAUAAGUAAAUGGGAGAGGUUGGUGAAAGAUCAAGGAUCAUCAAAUGAGAUUGAUGUAUGGCCAUACCUUGGUGAUGUAACCUCAGAUGUAAUCUCGCGUACUGCGUUUGGGAGUAGCUAUGAGGAAGGCAAGAAAAUCUUUGAGCUUCAAGAAGAGCAAGGCCGGCGAGUUUUAAAAGCUCUUGAGAUGGCUUUCAUUCCUGGAAUGAGGUUUCUACCGACAAAGAACAACAUGAGGAUGAAGAAGAUAGACAAAGAAGUGAAGUCUAGACUUAAAGAGAUCAUCAAGAAAAGACAAAGGGCUAUGGAAGCAGGGGAGGCUCCAAAGAAUGAUUUGUUGGGAAUACUUUUGGAAUCGAAUUCCGGAGAUCAUGGGAUGAGUGUCGAAGAUGUGGUAGAAGAGUGCAGGCUGUUUCAUUUCGCCGGCCAAGAAACCACAGCGGAGCUGCUCGUGUGGAGUAUGAUUAUGCUGAGCCAUCACCAGGAAUGGCAAGAUCAAGCUAGAGAAGAGGUCUUACAAGUCAUUGGCAAGAACAACAAACCUAACUUUGAUGCACUCUCUCGACUCAAAACAAUGAGCAUGAUCUUGAACGAGGUGUUGAGGUUAUACCCACCAGGGAUUCUACUUGGUCGUGUCAUAGAGAAAGAAACGGAGCUAGGUGAGGACAUGACACUUCCAGGUGGUGCACAAGUAGUGAUUCCUGUUCUUAUGGUCCAUCGUGACCCCGAGCUAUGGGGAGAAGAUGCGCAUGAGUUUAAACCAGAGAGAUUCGCAGAUGGGAUCUCAAAAGCCACCAAGAACCAAGUUUCGUUUCUUCCUUUUGGAUGGGGACCAAGAUUCUGUCCUGGCCAGAAUUUCGCUCUCAUGGAAGCCAAGAUGGCUCUUGCCUUGAUCCUCCAGAGAUUCUCCUUCGAGCUGUCUCCAUCGUACACUCACGCACCUCACACGGUUCUUACACUUCAUCCUCAGUUUGGUGCUCCAUUGAUCUUCCACAUGCUUUGA